ACUGGGCAUUGCAUACUUACUUAGAACUUUAUGUUCGUAUUUUAGCAGUUAUGUGAAUGAAUAAGUAUUAUGUAAACAGUUUUCUCUGAGUGUUCAGGUUUGAGAAAUGUUCUGAGGGGAAGCAAUCACACGCAAAAAAAAUUGAGUUAGGAUUUGAGCUUCUAAGACAGCAAGGCUGGAACAUAGUUGUUGGUAAAGAAUCAUAUCAAAAGUAAAAAAAAAACUAAAUCGGUUGCCAUCAAGUCAAUCCCGACUCAUAGGAGCCCUAUAGGACAGCGUAGAACUGCCCCAUAGAGUUUCCAAGGAGCCACUGGUGCGUUUGAAAUGUGACCUUUCCAGUUGCAACCGCUACGCCUCCAGAGCUCCUUAUGUCAAAAGUAGGAGACUCCAAGCGGUAAGAUUGGAAGGAACCAUACCGAAGAGUUAAUUACAGCCUCAUUUUGAGAAUGUUGAACUGCCUAAUGGGAGACAACUUGGGUUGAAAACCUGCCUAUAAAAACUUACUUCGUAGAGUGUUGCAGAGGUAGGAACAUGGGGAAGAAACAAUCGGGAUAACAUGAAAGUGAUGCUGGUGGCUAAGGGAAGGCGACUUGAUUCUGUGGGAAGGGCUAUAGCUGAUCCAUCCAUUGUCCAGAUUUGAGUAUGAGCACAGUUGAAGAGGAUUCUGACACAGUAACAGUAGAAACUGUGAACUCUGUGACUUUGACUCAGGACACAGAAGGGAACCUCAUUCUUCAUUGCCCUCAGAAUGAAGCUGAUGAAGUAGACUCAGAAGAUAGUACUGAACCUCCGCAUAAAAGACUUUGUUUGUCCUCUGAGGAUGAUCAGAGUAUUGACGAUUCUACUCCUUGCAUAUCAGUUGUUGCACUUCCACUUUCAGAGAAUGAUCAGAGCUUUGAGGUGACCAUGACUGCAACCACUGAGGUAGCAGAUGAUGAGAUUACUGAAGGAACUGUAACGCAGAUCCAGAUUCUACAGAAUGAGCAACUAGAUGAAAUAUCUUCCUUGGGUAAUGAAGAAGUUUCAGCAGUUAGCCAAGCAUGGUUUACAACUAAAGAAGAUAAAGAUUCUCUCACUAACAAAGGACAUAAAUGGAAGCAGGGGAUGUGGUCCAAGGAAGAAAUUGAUAUUUUGAUGAGCAAUAUCGAACGCUAUUUGAAGGCACGUGGAAUAAAAGAUGCUACAGAAAUCAUCUUUGAGAUGUCAAAAGACGAAAGAAAAGAUUUCUACAGGACUAUAGCAUGGGGUCUGAACCGGCCUUUGUUUGCAGUUUAUAGAAGAGUGCUUCGCAUGUAUGAUGACAGAAACCAUGUGGGAAAGUAUACACCCGAAGAAAUUGAAAAGCUCAAGGAGCUCCGGAUAAAGCAUGGCAAUGACUGGGCAACAAUAGGGGCGGCGCUAGGAAGAAGUGCGUCUUCGGUCAAAGAUCGGUGCCGACUGAUGAAGGAUACUUGCAACACAGGGAAGUGGACAGAAGAGGAAGAAAAGAGACUUGCAGAGGUGGUUCAUGAAUUGACAAGCACUGAGCCAGGUGACACAGUCACACAGGGUGUGUCUUGGGCAGCUGUGGCUGAACGAGUGGGUACCCGCUCAGAAAAGCAGUGUCGUUCUAAAUGGCUCAACUACCUGAACUGGAAACAGAGCGGGGGUACUGAGUGGACCAAGGAAGAUGAAAUCAGUCUCAUCGUCAGGAUAGCAGAACUUGACGUAGCUGAUGAGAAUGACAUAAACUGGGAUCUCCUAGCUGAGGGAUGGAGCAGUGUCCGUUCACCCCAGUGGCUUCGAAGUAAAUGGUGGACCAUCAAAAGGCAGAUUGCAAACCAUAAGGAUGUGUCUUUCCCUGUCUUAAUAAAAGGUCUUAAACAGUUACAUGAGAACCAAAAAAACAACCCAGCGCUUGUGGAGAAUAAAUCAGGAUCUGGAGUUGCAAAUAGUAGUUCCAACUCCAGCGUACAGCAUGUUCAGAUCAGAGUCGCCCGCUUGGAAGAAAAUACAGCUCUUUCUCCAAGCCCCAUGACAGCACUGCAGAUUCCAGUCCAGAUCACGCAUGUUUCUUCAACAGACUCCCCUGCUGCUACUGUUGACUCUGAAACAAUAACCCUAAACAGUGGAACACUACAGACAUUUGAGAUUCUUCCAUCUUUCCAUUUACAGCCCACUGGCACUCCAGGCACCUACUUACUUCAGACAGGCUCAAGCCAAGGCCUUCCCCUAACUCUGACCGCUAGUCCCACAGUAACCUUGACAGCCACUGCUCCUGCCUCUCCGGAACAGAUCAUCGUCCAUGCUUUAUCUCCAGAACAUUUGUUGAACACAAGUGACAAUGUCACAGUGCAGUGUCAUACACCAAGAGUCAUCAUUCAGACUGUUGCCACAGAGGACAUCACUUCUUCCAUAUCCCAAGCAGAACUGACAGUAGAUAGUGAUAUUCAGUCAGCUGAUUUUCCCGAGCCUCCAGAUGCGCUAGAAGCAGACACUUUCCCAGAUGAAAUCCAUCAGCCUAAGAUGACCGUAGAGCCAUCAUUUAAUGAUGCUCAUGUAUCCAAAUUCAGUGACCGAAAUAGCACAGAACUGAUGAAUAGUGUUAUGGUCAGAACAGAAGAAGGAAUCUCUGACACCGACCUUAAACAGGAGGAGGAAUCACCCUCUGAUUUAGCCAGUGCUUAUGGUACUGAGGAUUUAGAGUCUCCUAUAGAAGAACAAGUUGAUCAAACAACAAUCGAUGAUGAAACAAUACUUAUUGUACCAUCACCACAUGGCUUUAUCCAGGCAUCUGAUGUUAUAGAUUCUGUCUUGCCUUUGACAACACUAACAGAUCCCAUACUCCAGCAUCAUCGAGAAGAGUCAAAUAUCAUUGGAUCAUCUUUGUGCAGUCCUGUUUCAGAAGACUCAAAGGAUGUUGAAGACUUGGUAAACUGUCAUUAGGUGAUUCUUAGAAACAGGGUAGUUUAAGCAAAGAAGCCACACUGUUGAUUGUAACAUCUCCAAUCUAGGAGCAACUCCCAAGAGGCUUAAUUUACCAUUCCUCUGGCUUUUAAAUAACUGUAGUGCUUAAACCAUGCACAUUGUUGCUGCUAUGACUUUUUACCUCCUUUAAGUAUAACAUCUGAAGCCCAGUUUAUAACUGUAGUUUUGGAGUGUGGGGGCUUUAACUGCAUAGAUCUGUAUGUUUAGUGUUAAUUUGUCAGUGGGGAACUUCAUUCACUUCAGCUACUACUGCGAAAAUUUUAAAAGCACCAAAGCUUAACCACUCUGGUUUAAAAGCAGGAGUCGUCAUCUCUAAAGAUUAGAUAUGGCUCUCUAUCCAGUCUUAAUAAAGUAGGCCUGGUUAUAUUCCAGGGAAGUCACAUCAACAUGGUCUAGAGCUUAUCAGUGGCCUUCUUAAAAAAGAUUAGGAAUCAUUAGUUUGAGACUUGACGAGAAUACAGAGAGACCUAGGAGGUGACUUUGUGGCAGUUACUUUGGGUUUACCCAUUGCUGGCAGUGGGAGCUGAUUUAGGCAGGGUGAAGAGGAAAGCAUUAAAAAGGUUAAGAAAAGUCACUACAGGUUUUUUUAAGUUACUUUUAAAGGGAAUAUAGAUGAGAGUAGUAACAAACCACACCAGAAGCUAAGCAGAACUUUCAAAUCCCCCCCCCCCGCCCACCACUGUCAUCAGUUUACCAAGUUAGCACUUUGAAGUAAAAUUAAACUAAAUUAGGAAGGUGGUAAUGUUGCCUGCCCUUGAUACCAUGAUUGUUUGUUACAUGUUUUGCUGUAUAAAUUACCAAGAAAAGUUGAGGGGGACAUUAGAGUUUUCCAUUCAUUUAGUGUAUUAGCUGGUGGGGUACAGCGUAAACUUCUCCUUCUCAAGCAAUGCAAUUUGAAACAAAACAGAACAAAAUUUUCUACAAUAAAAGGAAACAAAUCAAGAGUCAUUCCUAUACUGGAGAAGGUUUAGCCUCUAUAGAAAAGUCACAAAAAACCUUGUAUAAAUUAUUUUAUUUAUUAUUGUAAUUAGAUCUUCACAAUCAAAGUUGUCUUUUCACCGUCUGUGUUUUGUUAACGUGAUAUUAAAUUGUAGUUACAAGCGAAAGUUGGUUGCAUAGGGAACAAUAAUUGUAUAUUCCGUUUAACAGAAAUAAAAAUAUUUGUCUUAAAAUGCAAGAUUUUGUUACAUAGCCUUUUCGCCAUGCAAUUACAUUAUAAAAAAUUUAAUUUCAAAGGUGAAAAUUACUUGUGCUAUUUGAACUUUGAGUUGUUGGAAUGUUAAAGCUUCUUAAAGAAAAAGCAAAGUGAUCUAUGAUAUGUCUCCCCUGCAAGAGGGAAUUUAGAUUUACAAUUAACAUGAAAAUCAUGUAUCAGACUCCUCCUACAGGAGAUUCUGCAGCAUACUUUAUCCAGCUCUAUUCACAGUCCUCAUAUACAGUUUUGAAGAGUUCUGGUAAGUAUUUUUCUUCUUGGCAGCCUCACUUUCCCACAUCAUGGAAGUACAGGUUUGCACAUAUACAUAACAUGAUAAUAGAAAAUAAGAUAUAGUAGAUUAGAUUUCUAAAUUUCGGUUCUAAGUCUCCUUGCCGAUACCAGUAGAUCUAAAAGAAGAAGAAUUAAAUAAUUUUAAAUGCAACCCUUUUUCCAUUGUGACCAGUUCUGUCAGUAUAUACUUUUUCCCCUAAAUUAGACAGUCUUAAUAUUAACUUACAUUCUUGAGUCUAAAAUGGCCAUAAUUUAAUUUUUAUUAUCAUUUAAAUAGUACCAGUGAGUUUUCACAUCCAAGAUUAUCCUUACUCCCGGGUUUUCCAGUUUUGUUUUAUAUUCAAACCUGUAGAAUAUCUGUCCACCAAUCAUGGCAGGGACAAAUUCCUCCCAGGAAUAUGUAUCUUCUGGAUAUAUUUCAAAUAAUAUAAGUAAAAGGUAUAACUCUUUAGGGUACUAGAAGGGAGGAUGAUUUUUAAAUUCAUAUAAUUGAUUCAGAGUGCCAAUACAAAACAGGGCUUAUAUAAUGCAUACAGGAAUCUAGCUCAUUAUUAGUCACUCUAGGCUAUGGGUGGGAGGAUAAGAGGAGGAAAGCAUCUCUGUCCUCUAGCUUUGUUCCAAAGUGGGAUGGAUGGGCCAGCUUUUUCCUCAGAUUACAGGAGUUUAGCAGAUCAGUGAAUUAAAACAGGUAGAUACGUCUUCUAGUUUAAUUUUAAUUUAGAUAAGCAAAUUCAUUGGUAAAUCAAAACUGUUUUUAAGGGUUUACUGUUUUGAUUCUGCCUCUCCCUCAAGGGAAAUGAAACACCCAACUAAUGGAUGAGCACUUGGCAAAUACCCAACAGAAUCCACCAUUAUUCUUUAAUUAUUCUUUAGCAUAAAAGAAGGGCCUCUCCGUGGUAAAAUUGAACGUUCUUGUGAGAUGGAUACAACUGUAGCUUUAGGCUUCCAAGGAGAUUUGGUGUUAAUUACCUCCAUCUUGGGAGAUAAGCACAGAGACUAAAAUAAUUUUAUAAUUAUUAGAAAUACAUCCAAAGUGCUCUCUCUUCUCCUAAGAGCAUAUCUGCGUUUCCCAAGGUCUACUGGGCCCUGUAUAUAUAUAGUCCUUGAAUGAGGUGGAAUUAAAUUUAAAUUAUAUCAAAUCUUUAGUCACCUAAAGUCUUUUAACUUUUUUUGCCAUCAGGGCAAAAGAUUGGCAGUUUGAAUCUAACCAGCACCCCUUGGAAACCCUAUGGGGCGGUUUUUCUCUGUCCUAUAGGGUUGCUGUGACUCCAGUAAUGGGUUUAGGGGGAGAUAGAGACAACUUCCUUUUUGUAGACCAGGGCUGGGAAUCUGUCCUUAUAAGCACAGUCAACUUUAACCCCUCAGGAUACUAUAUUUAGUUAAAUAGUACUCACCAGUAUGCAGGCAGUAAUACUACUCAAAGAGAUGCAGACAGCAAAAAAUAUAUUCAAUGGUUUUGGAGGUAGUUGAGGGAAAACAAAAGCACUGAUCAACGUUACCUGUGUGAAGAGAAAUUACGUAAAGCCUUAAGAAUAUUUCUUUUAGUACUUUCCUUCAUUUGUAAAAGGAGACAAAACGUCAUACAGCAGUAAAACUAGCAAAUCUCAAAAUAACCUCUUCACUAACAAGGAUUAGAGAUCAUUUACCUCUUCCCCAGGAUUAAUGAUUAUACCAGAAAAAGUUCUACUUACUUUGUUACUUUGAGUACUACUAAAAAUCACUAUAACCAAAGUUGAUUUUAUGUGACAUCAUGUGUACUACUGAAAGAUGGGUUUUUAAUACCCUAUUAGUUCUCUAUUUCUAUCACAGAUAAAAGAAUUAUAUCCAUUCUUUUUUAUUUAAAAAAAAAAAAAACAUGGAAACAAGCUUUAUCAAAAUUCUCUUAACAAAGUUAAUGAAAAUGUGCCACAGAAGUGUGAUUCUCAGAUGACAGGAAAUACAGUUUUGUUAUUUUAUCUGUAUUAUUCAGGAUGAAAAAUUACUACACACUUAACCAUAACCUUUUAAAACUUGGCCAAAGGAUGGAUAAUGUUCUUUAGGAACAAAAUUAAGACAUUAGCAGAAAUGAGAAAGGCUGGAAGCAGGAAAUGGAUUGUGACAGAAGGGAGUUGCUGGUAAUCACUGACAUUUUUACAGAUUUACUAGGCAAGCAAAUGUGGCCAAGUCAGUCAUCUGAAAACCAAGUUGUUUGAUUUGUACCAUUUUAUUUAUUCGACUGAGGGAUGGAGGUGAGGAUUAAAUUAGCUACGCCAAUUGCAGUUUUGUUGAUGGGAGCAUUGCUUUAACUGUAGAACACUUCACAUGUUCAUUGCUGGUCCCUUUUAAGUUUGGUUUUAGUUCUGUUUGUUUUUUUUACUUUACUUGAGCCACAGUACUGAAGUUUUCCAAACUUUCGCUAAGAGUUGAGGGAAGCACAAGAUAAAGAUACUUACUAGAAUCAAUAAGGAUGUUAAGCUGCCAACAACUAAAUUGAUGAUUCGGUCCUGAAAGAAAAAAAAUUUUUGAGCGAUAUGACUUGUACCCAUGGUACUUUCACAGCAGUACAAUACUGGGCUUUGGGGUGAUUGAGAGUGAAGAAGCCAAUAUUGUGAACCUGAUGCAUACAAGUGUCAGACAGAGCAAAAGCAUACUGAGCCCUGAGUGGUAAAGGCACUUUGAGAAGGCAGAGGGGCAACUGAGGAAGGUGUACUGAAGAGACAGGACGUUUAUACUAGAGUCUUAAAGACUGGGUAAGAUUUGAAAGGGGCAGGGAGCUUUACAAAUAACGUGCCACUGGGAAAAGUAUGAGCAGGGGAUAAGGGCUGGGAUGAGCCACACCAGAGCCUUGGUGGAAGGUAUCAGGAACCAGACUAGAUGAAGUGGAGCACUGAGGAUUUUGGACGUAUUAACGUGUGAUACAGCCUAGGUUUCCUUGUCUAAUGUAAUCUAAAAGUAGAUCCUACGGCCAGAAGGGAUCAUAGAAUGCCAAGGCUGAACGCGACCUCAAUGACCAAGUCCAGUGGUUUUCCAACCUAUUUAAUAGCAAAAGCCCAAUAAACAAGUAGAAUAAUUUGAUUGCACAGGGAGCCAGGAGUCCUACCCAUCAAGUUUUCUUGUCACCCCUAUCUCCAUUCCAACCAAUUCCACAGAAUGGUUUUUCAAACUUCUGAUCUAAUCCAAUCCCAGUUUUCCAAGUUAAGGUAAAUGCAGGUAGGCCUGGCAUGGUUAAAUUGUUUGCCUAAAACCAUACAGCAAGUUAGAAACAAUAACUGUUUGAAACCCAGGAUUCCCAAAUUCAGCUCACUGGUUAGGUGUAGUUUCAGAGAUAGACUAAAAAGUUUAUAUAGUAGGUUAAUACAAAAAAAAAAAAAAACAACCAAACCUGUUGCUGUUGAGUCGAUUCCAACUCAUAGUGACCCUAUGUGACAGAGUAGAACAGCCCCACAAGAUUUCCAAGAAGCAGCUAGUGGAUUUGAACUGCCGACCUUUUGGUUAGCAACCAAGCUCUUAACCACUGUGCCACCAGGGGCUCCAAUAGGUUGGUAGAAGUUAUUUAUAGAGUUUACAGAAUGAGGUGGUGAGGGGUUUAAGACCUGGUUAGUAAACACUAGUGCCAAUGAGAAUAGCAAGCAGUCCAUUUCUGGGAAGUCAAAACUAAGUCUUUAAUGAAUCAGGAGUCUUGAAAGACUGUUUUGGUAACAUCUGGGCAGAGAACAGCAGGAUAUGAAAUGGGAGAUGCCAAUAAACCAAACCUCAGGAAGCACACAGAACAAGCAGAGAGCAACAACUGAGCCCUCAUUUGCAAAGUGUCCACUUUUAAGGAUAAGAAUCCAAAGAAUAGGCAGAGCUGAGAGGGAAGAGUGAAGGAAAGCCCAGUAUUGUAUCAAGUCUGGCUGAUUUAACCAAGGAUUAGCCACAACUCUCCAGACAAAACAAACCAGUUGCCGUCGAGUCGAUUUCGACUCAUGGCUACCCUACAGGACAGAGUAGAACUGCCCCCAUAGGGUUUUCAAGGAGCGCCUGGCAGAUUCUAACUCCCGACCCUUUGGCAGCUGUAGCACUUAACCGCUAUGCCACCAGGGUUUUCCGUGACAAAGGCCAGUGCAAUUCUCAAAGGUUAUCUAGGUCAAAAGAACUAUUUCAGCCACACUCUUAAUAAAUUUAGAGGACUCAGGCCUUACCACUACCUGGGCUAGAGAAGCCUACAUAACACACAAGAAUCUGAAGUUAAGACCAUUUGUAGGAGAAAAGACCCAAGGACACACCACCUAUCACUAUCAACUUAUUCCCAACCCCGCAUAAAUAUGGUGUAUGGUGAGACCAUUUUUUAAAAAAUAUAGUAUGUGUAUACAGCUAAACUGGGAGCCCCUUGGAGCUCUGGUGGUGCAGUGGUUCAGCACUCAGCUUCCAAGCUCACCAGCAGCUCCAUGGGAUAAAGAUGUGACAGUCUGGUUCUGUAAAGAUUACAGCCUUGGAAACCCUAUGGAGCAAGCUCUAUUCUGUCCUACUGGGUCACUAUGAGUCAGAAUCAACUGGAUGGCAAUAGGUUUGGGGUUUUUUGUUGUUACGGAAUCCCCAAUGUUUUCUGCCUUGUAAAAAGUUCAGCUAAGCCAACCUUCUCUUCCCUGGUCUAUUGAGAGAAGUCAGCAAGUAUCGGCUCCCAUCUCUUAAGUCCAGGGAUUUGGAUAUCUCACAACAGCCCUCACGUCAAUAGAAGCAAAUGAGCAUGUUCAGUUGACAGGUAAACUAUCUCCAAACAGCACAGAAGUUGCCCACCAGGAUCAAAGCAGUGGAAAAAAUAGUAAUGAUGGAGGGAGAGUAUGCAAAGAGCUUUCACACAAUUUAUCUUCUAACAAAUUGUGGGAUGAAGAUGGUAUUACGACUGUUUCACAGGCUCAGGGAAACUGAGAACUUCCCCAAGAUCUCAACAGUAAGUGACAGAGACAGGAGUCAAAAUGCCAGGCCUGCUUUCCCCACUAGAGCAGAUUCCAUUUAUACCCCUCACUGUAAGAACAACCUAGAAUGCUGCUGCUGGUGGUCUAGAUAAAGAUGUCUGUCAAAUGGGCAGAUACCACCUCACAAAGCCAAGUUAGCAAAGUACUACAGUAAGUGUGUCUUUCAGGAACGAAGAUUUCCUCAAGUGAUUUUUCUACAUUGCUGAACUUCCUUAUGUAAGCAUCACUGUUGAAGCAUUUUGAUGAAAAUAUGUUUCAACUUUAGUGAAUACUUCCUUGCCUCCCUUCUUAACACAGUUCACUGAACAGAAUUCCAAGUCAUCUUCAUGAAUAUCAGUUAUUCUAUUAGGUUAUAAUUCAGUCAUCCACUCUGGAGCUCUCAAGGUUAGAUCAACUAUUUAGGAUAUGGUCGAAAUGUUUCUCAGUGUUUCUUCUUUCUUUGAGCUAAAGCUUUGGCUUCAGGCCUUCUGCUAAUCAAAGCAAUCAAAGGAUUCCAGGCCAAGGACACAGCAGAGUUAACUCUGGAAGACUUUCCACUUCUAAUGCUAUAAUUUUGCUACUCAAAGUGUGGUCUACAGACCAGAAGCAUUGGCAUCACCUGAGAGCUUGUUAGAAACAGUCCUAGGUCUUGCCCCAAACCUACUGGAUGAUAAUCUGCAUUUUAGCAAGACCCCCAAGUGAUCCAUGUGCACAUUUAAAUUUGAGAGGCACUGUUCUGAAGUUCAGAGUCUAAACCAUUUCAGAGAUGAGUUCAAAUCAUAGAAAUUUCUAGGCCCAGAGAUUACUCUAGGGAUAUUAGCAUAAAGAAUGUCCUGUUCCUCAGCUUCUAGUCUUCAAAGAUAAAAAGAUAACAGAAUAGUUAAAUAGCUAGGACAGGGUUUUCAAAAGACAGUGAUGGGGUUAAUGUGCUCCAAAUCAGAGCUAGAGUACAUGGAGAAAAGAAAAUGUAGCAUUUAAACUUUGCUGUUCAUGGAAUGAACCGAAACUCAGGUUAUUUCCACUUCUACAACUGGUCUCUAUUAAAUCAGUUAUUUAAUUUCUCAUAGAAGCUAGCUGUGCCUCCCCAGCUUUUUUGAUUAUUAUUACCCUAUUUCCACCUACCAAAAUUGUCCUCCCCUGCCAGAACUUUAAACCUUGUACUGUAGCUCAUUUUCACUCCCCAAGGAAGCGUGACAGGAUCAGAAUCAGUCUUAAUCCUCAUCUGCAGAAAGUCAAGCUGGGCUUAAGGAUAUCCCCCCUGUAAUGGAUUGAAUUAUGUCCCCCCCAAAAUGUGUGUAUCAACUUGGUUAGGCCAUGAUUUCCCAGUAUUGCGUGGUUGUCCUCCGUUUUGUGAUUGUAAUUUUAUGUUGAGAGGAUUAGGGUGGGAUUGUUAACACCACACUUACUCAGGUCACCUCCCUGAUCCAAGGUAAAGGGAGUUUCCCUGGGGUGUGCCCUGCACCACCUUUUAUCUCUCGAGAGAGAGAAUGAAAGGGAAGCAAGCAGAGUUAGGGACCUCAUACCACUAAGAAAGGAGCACCAGGAGCAGAGCUCGUCCUUUGGACCAAGGGUCCCUGCGCCUGAGAAGCUCCUCAACCAGGGGAAGAUUGAAGACAAGGACCUUCCUCCAGAGCCAACAGAGAAAGCCUUCUCCUGGAGCUGACUCCUUGAAUUCGGACUUUUAGACUACUUCACUGUGAGGAAAUAAAUUUCUCUUUGUUAAAGCCAUCCACUUGUGGUAUUUCUGUUACAGCAACACUGGAUGACUAAGAUACCUCCCCAAGACAAAUACUCAACAACAGGUAUAGAAACAAUUCAAGUACACAGAUAAAAAUAUACACACAGUGUAUCUUUGUGAAGGCUUCCACAUAUACCUACUGAGUCAUUUAUUCAUUCAAAAGUUGAAGACUAUCUUCCAGAUGCAAAUAAAACUAUGAGUACAAACCAUCUCUAUCCUCCAGAAGU